AAAAAUUUAAUCUUUUAGGAGAAAAGAGAAGGCAAAAAUGGAGGGAGGAGAGAAGAAGCUAACCCAUUACUGGGGGAACACUUGUGAAGAAGACUACUACAGAGAGCAGGGCAUCAAAUCAACCAAAUCCAAUUACACAUCACCAAGAGGGCUAACCCUAUUCACCAGAUCCUGGCAGCCUCUCCAAUCCAGCCAUACACGUGGCGUCGUCUGUAUGGUCCACGGCUACGGCAAUGACAUCAGCUGGACUUUUCAGGCCACCCCAAUCUUCCUCGCCCAGAAUGGAUUUGCCUGUUUUGCCCUCGACAUCGAAGGCCACGGCCGCUCAGAGGGGCUCAAGGCCUACGUUCCGAGCGUUGACGACGUCGUCGACGACUGCCUCUCGUUUUACGACGCCGUUUCGGCACAGGAUCCGGAUCUACGAGAUCUGCCGAGGUUCCUGUUCGGGGAAUCGAUGGGCGGCGCGAUCUGCCUGCUGAUCCACUUCAAGGCGCCGGAGUUUUUCAACGGGGCGGUCCUGAUGGCCCCGAUGUGCAGAAUCUCCGAGAAGGUGAGGCCGAGGUGGCCGAUUCCCCAGAUCCUGACCGCGGUGGCGAGAUUCGCGCCGACGCUGCCGAUUGUGCCGACGGCGGACUUGCUGGACAAAUCGGUGAAGGUGGCGGAGAAGAAGAUAAUCGGGGGGAUGAAUCCGAUGAGGUACCAUGGGAAGCCGAGGUUGGGUACGGUGCUGGAACUUUUGAGGGUGACGGAUUACGUCAGCGGAAGGCUGAGGGAUGUGGGGAUACCGUUUAUUGUGAUGCACGGCGAUGCUGACGUGGUCACCGAUCCGGCGGUGAGUAGAGAAUUGUAUGAAUUGGCGAAGAGUGAGGAUAAGAGUGUGAAGAUAUAUGAGGGUAUGAUGCAUUCAUUGUUGUUUGGGGAAACUGAUGAGAAUGUAGCGAUUGUUCGUGGUGAUGUGUUGAAGUGGUUGAAUGAUAGAUCUUGUUGAGACAGAGAGUAAUUCUGUGUAAAUUGUAUAUAUUUAAUUCAAAACUCAUGAUCUUAUUAUUAUUAUUGUCCUGCGGAAUGCAUGUUAUUUGUUC